GAACGCACCACGUGCUCACAUACCAAAGUCAAUUAGAACGGCCAUACAAGACAUACAACAAGAGUUACAGUAUAAGCUACAGUCUAUCACGUACACACGUAGGUACAUGGAACCCCUCGAACUAUUACGUCCGCUUCAUUUAAUAAAUUGAGAAAUUUCAUUGUGUGGUCAAGCAAUCGACAGGCAUCCUACAUUGACUGCUCUCACGCAGCAGUCCUGGAUUUAUGAAUAGGCCUUAUAGGCCGUGGCCCAGGAGCGGCAGCGUCACAGGGGCGGCACAUUUCGGAAGAUAGAAGUCAAACACGUCCACACGCUAAAAAAAAAGAAAAAAGAUACUCUUGGCCGAAUUUUUGUAGGCACAUGGGGCGGUCCAAUUUGAAUACCUUGCUGUGCUUUGAUUAAAAAAAUUCCCCUGCUUUUCUCCCGGACUAACGAAGUCAUCUACCUAGGCAUUCGACUCUUAUGUCCAUGGCAAUUAACUAUAAGUACAACGAGGCAUUACGUAAAAUUGCCAAUAAAUUACAUAGAGCACAUUUCAAUACUUCAAAAACUUCAAUACAAUACAACCAUUAUUUUGCAAUGCUAAAGAUGACUACGAACUGUGUAUAAUAUUGACCAACUAAGGUAAGGCUUCAGAUCAAUUGUGCUUAUAAAGGUCAGUAGACUACGUCUACGAAUUAAAGUAAGGAUAUUCGGAGUGAGUCGCGCCAAAUAGGGUGCGUGGCGCCAGGAUGUCGGGAGCCGUCCCGACGCCGCAGCGACAGUGGAGGCUGCAGUGCACGCGACGCGCUCGGCCCGCCCAUACACCGCCACUCACGACACAUCACUACCAUCCUACCUCCCCAUAAAUAACAAAACCAUGAAACUAAUCCCCCUAAUAUUAAUAACAGUAAUUCAUCUCUCUUGUUCCGCAAAAAGCAAAACAAAAAUCGCACCAAACAAAACAGACGAUGCAAUAAAGAAAUAUCUAGAAAAACAUGAAGAAGUUCUUUUGGAAGUUAUGAAAAAUAAAAGUGAAGUUAAACCAGUUACUAUUACGAAUGUUGUUGACACCAAAAUUGUGCCUGUGAUCCCUAAAAAGAAUAAAAAUCCGGCGAGAAUGAUACCGCCGGAUAGUAUACAAGGUUGGGCUGAUGAGAUCUCGGAAAACUUACUCGACAAUUAUCGUCUAGUGGUGCGACCAGAGGUGCUAUUGAAAAGUUUUUCCGACAUCAAGAUAGAAGUUCGCAACGGUACUGCUAUAGUGAACAAAAUGGCGGAAGACUUGGAGGAAUUGUUGAAGAGGAGGGCUGAAGCCGCAGAGAAUAUCAUGCGCCGAGCUGAGGAACUGGCCAGGAGUGAGGAGGAACCAGAUGAUAGCUAUACCUUUGAUUAUAGUGUGGAUUUAGACCAAGUAAAAAAGAAAAUAGAUCCAAAGGAUUUAGAAGAUAAUCAAGAGCCACUAACUUGUAGGAGUCUGAAUAAGAUCAAGCUCAAAACAAGCAGUCAUUUUGACGCGAAGGUAUCUUUGGAUUAUACUAGCGUUCAUGUAGCUGCCGAGGUCUUUGAUUGCGCCCCAACAGUCAAGAAACAUCUUUACUGGUCGGAGAACUUAUUAUCAACAUUCAAAAAGAACUACGCUCAAGAUUCAUCUUUAGAUUUUCAAUAUUUUUGCAGUGCUCAUGGAUUUCUUAGACAUUAUCCAGCGGCCUUAUGGGAAAGCAUGUACAAACUAAAAAUGUCUGAAGAAGGUUCAGACAGUGUGUAUGACUGCCGCUUACGACCCUGGUACGUGAGCGCAGGCGGGGCACCACGGGACGUUCUAGUCCUCCUUGACGCGUCAGGGUCUAUGGAGAACUCCUCAAACCAGGUCAUAGCUGAACAGUUUACCCUGGCACUGCUCAGCGCGCUCACUGAUGAUGACAGAGUUAAUGUUUUGAGGUUCAAUGUCAUUAUUCAGUCUCCGAUCAGCUGCUUUAAUGAGAAAAUGGUGUCGGCAAACCACGUGAAUACAGCAGCUAUGAUGGCAGCUAUGGAGUACUACAAGAUGACCAAUGAGACCCUGAUGGCUGACGUACUGGAGUAUGCGGUGAAGUUGCUUCGGGAACAGCGAAGAGCACCGGAUCGACCGCGCGCUUGUCAGCAAGCCAUAGUACUGCUCACCGAUAGUUUGUACGACAACUAUACACAUCUGAUGCGACAUUUAGAUCCUGAAGGGAAUAUCAGAGUUUUCGUGCUCUGGCUCCACGAUCUCUUCGGUCUCCGAGACCACACACAGACAUACGGCGAGGGUCUCAGCUGUGACCGUGAUGGCUACUUCGCCGAGCUCAUCACGCCAUUUGACGUGACGCAGCAGGUCCUCAAGAUAUUGCAGGUCUUGGAACGCCCGCUUGUGUCACAGAGGAGUCAGCGGCUUACCGUCUUUAGUGAUGUCUAUGCUCAUGUUGAGGACCCUAGAAGAGGCGAGUUAUAUUGGAAAACCAAAGAAAAUCAGGAACAGUACAAUCGUUACCAAGAUCUGAGACGAAACAAAAAGGGACUGCUCAACAGUACCCAGCUUUACAAGGAUUGGAUGUAUCAAGAAACUUACAACAAAUCUGGACACUACUACGAGGGGGAGGAUUUAAAUUAUAGAUUGCAAAUAAGCGUCUCGGUUCCAGUCUUCGAUUAUAUCACUAGUGAAAAUAUCACGAGAAAACUCGCUGAGGAAAAACAUCGGAACUCAACCAGGACGUAUCCUGUCAACCGGCUGUUAGGCGUAGCGGGGGUGGACAUACCCAUCGAUCACUUGAAAUUGAUCCUGCCUUAUCACCAGAUAGGUGCAGGUGGAUCUUUAUUCCUCGUCGACCAUCGUGGCAAUAUUGUCAUACACGACAACAUCAGACAUACGUUUGACGGCGAUAUUUUGAAACCCGGAUAUCGGACGGUCGAUCUUCUGGAUUUGGAACAACCGGCUGAAAAUCAUAAGCCACGAUAUUAUCCUAAAGAAUGGCUGAAGUUCCGCAAAAUGAUGAUAAUCGACAAAGACAGUGGCAAUAUUACUUUGUAUGGAAAAAGCAUCUACGACAACGGUAUGAGAGCAAUUCUGGAAAAGCGACAAUAUUACUGGAAGAGAGUUUUGGACCACUACACUGCGGUAGUGGUGCUGCCACUGAACAACAGGGUUCAUGCCGUGCCUAAAGCGGAAUUUACCAGAGAAAUAGCAGCAGAAGCUUGGAAGUCUCUUUCCAGAACCGAAUACGCAGUCAACCCUGAUUGGUUAUAUUGCCGGCACAUAGAACCCCAUUUUGAGUCCCGUGAGGCAGAGGUGAGACAUUUCGUCAAACGUCGCAGCGAUGAAGCGAAUUUCCCAAUGCAGAAGCUAAAGUAUCUCUUCAGCCCCAUUCCGCCGUCUUUGUUCGAGAAAACUUAUCAAUGUAACGAGGAUCUGAUGGCGAAGUUCUGCAAGGAGGCUAUAGCUACUAACCAGUGGGCACAUGAGCACCAGGAAGAAGGGGUGAGGGACUGCGACGCCUGUCCUCUGGGAGCCACCACCGCUUUCUUCGCCAGUGAGAGUGGUCUAACCCGGUGGCAACAGUUCUACGCGACGAGUGCGCUCGCAGACCCACCACCCGGGUCGUGGUGGCCGGGCGGGCCUGCCGAGGCGUGGUACAAACGUGCCGCCGCCUCACCUGAUACUCUUAUAGUCCACGCCCCUGUUGAACCCAUCGGCAAGUUGCGCAUCACCAAGAAUAGACCCCCACCUUUCACGAUUCGUUCGGAAUGGCUGACGGCUGCGCGCACGCUGGGUUCCUCUGAACACGGCAUGAUCGGCGUGGCCGGCUACCACCUCCAUCCACAGCAUCUUGCCAACCUGCUGGACAAAAUCACCAACUACCCUUGUAAUGAAGGUGACUGUCCACAACGAUGUGACGGUAUAGCAUGGUCGUGCGUCCUAAUCGACGAGUACGGCUGGAUCGUGGCUCGGGAAGGCCGCAAUGUAACCGGGGAGCCUGACGAACCACUCCGGGAACACUUUGCGUCAGUCUACCCGGCGGCUAUGGCAGCUCUGCUUAAUGAAAGCGUGUUUGAUCUCAACUGGAUACAUGAUUAUCAAGGAGUUUGCUUCCCGCCUCAAGAUGAGCCUUACAGUGCGGCUGUUACUAUGGUGCCGUCAAUACUGAACUCUAUUUGGAGAUCAUUUAGCCUCAUUCUACGAGUGACGCAGGAGAUGGUUGCUCUUAUCACAAUUCUUAGCUCUGGCUGCAUAACCCUAGUAUCGGGCGACACUGAGCAGGAAAAACAAAAGCGCAAACAUCGUCUGUGGCGCGACUACGAGCGAGAGAAGUACGAGACAUUGUACGACGAUCGCGUGCUCGUCAACAGGACUAGAUUCGCAGCUUGCGAUCGCUCUAGAGCGCUGUAUUUGUUACAGGACACGCCAAAAGCUCGGGAAGCCCUCAAGAAGCCUGCUAAGCCAUGUAGUUGGCCGCUAGUUGCGGCUCGUGUACCAAAAACCAAUCUACUUCUUGUGGCUGUGUACAACCUGUGUCCAUUCAAGGGGCAACCAGUCAACGACCCACUCAUCAAUGAACCGUACAUAGAAGAGGAGCCGGCGGUGCAGGGCGUGUGGCAGAACUCGGCGUCGCGCCUCGCGUGCUGGCGCAACCGCGUGCCGCUGCCCGCGCGCAUGCCCUCCGCGCAUUGCUAUCCGCACCGAUACUCACAGGAGGCUGGUUACAGACAGUGCGGUCCCUGGUUACCCGACCCCGAGAAGGAAGACGCUGCAUCACACAUCACUGCCUCCAAAUCAAUGAUCUCUAUACUUACUGCCAUGUUCUUUAUAAAAUACCUGUUGUAAAUAAAUACAAGCUUCGUUGUGUUAUGAAAUAAAACAAAAGUUCACAUUUCCA